AUGCCUCUCAUUCUUAUUGAUUUUGUACCAUCAUCACGCCACAAUUCUUUCCAAGAUCAUUGCCUCCAUCUGUUUGAAAAACUGAGUCAAAAGUUGGUGAAAGGAAGAGAACGAGUUCCAAGAGCCUUCUCUCGUGCAUUUCAACUUGUUCACACCAUCGAUAAAAUUGCACUUCCUUCUGUUUCGACGUUUGAUGUGGCAACAGCUUUCGAAUUUGACAUGUAUCUGAAACAUCCGUCAGAAGUCAAGAUUUCUUAUCAUCAUGCUUGUAUUAUCAUCAGUGACUCUGGAAAUCAAAGAAUGUUAUUUUUUGACUUGAUGUCAAAAAAGUUUAUAUUUUCUCUCAAUAUUGAAUCGUGUCACUUCUGUGUUCAAGAAAAUUACGAUCAAAUGGAACAUGACGCACUUCUUUUGAUUUCUUCCAAAAUGUUUUUAUGGAAUUAUUGUAUGAAAUGUGAUUUACAAUUUCUGUUACAAAAUUCCAAAUCAAAAGACAGCAUUGAUGAUUCCAAACUUGUUGAAAAGAAUUGUUUAUGGAAAUCUCAAUCACUUUCGAAUGUAACUGGAAUUUGUGUGUCCAGAACCUAUGCGUUCAUUUCCGAACUUGUUUCAAAAACUAUUUAUGUGUUAAACUUGUCUUCUGGACUUGUCGUUCAAACCAUUUCAUUGGAAGGAUCUCCAUUCCGAUCGGACGUGAUUUUUGAUAGUUCUUUAUUCUAUGUCAUUGAACAGAAAGAUGAAAAGAGUCGUGAUUAUCGAAUCAAAAUCUUUUUUCUCGAGAAGAAUGACCUUCGUUCUCCACCGAAAUGGAAAAUUGUGAAAAGUUUUGGCGACAUGAGAGAAGGAAAAGUGAAUUCACCAAAAGGAAUUUGUAUUCUCGAUAAGAGAGAGGGUUCUGAAUUUCUUCUUUCAUCCACGACGACAACAACAACACUCCAAAAAAAUCGAAUUCAAAUUUUUCGAUUUGGUCGUUGUGUCAAAAGUUUUACCACUGUGAAAGGUCUCUCUGGAAUUUGUUUGAAUGAAUUCACGGGAGAGUUAUUGGUGUGUCAUACAAGAGAAGUUUCCAUUUAUAAGUGA